UAAACCCUCAAGCUCUCUUAUAUAUUCCGGAUACCCUCACGAGGACUCCCUGAUAUCUCAAGUCCAGGAUCAUGGACUUCUGUUCAUAAAACUGACCUAGGGAACCUAAAAGUGCCAAUUUUUAGUCGUUGUUCAAUUAUUAAUUUCUGAUUGUGUUUAAUCAUGAAAUGAUUGAUUAAAUUAGAUUAAUACUGGUCCUGGUUUCAGAACAAAAAUGCUGUUGGUUCGGGUUCGGGGUUGUUUGCUCCGAAACCCUGGGUUUCAGUUCCGUUCUUAUUCCGUUCUUCAGUCUCAGAGACUCCCUUGUUUAAGCAUUAGGCAGAAUAUUCUCUGUUCUGAACAGACCUGGAGAACACAAACUAGGACCAAUACACAGCACAGGGUUAUCCUUCUUCCUGAGUUGCCACCAGAUACCGGUGAAACCAAUCCGCUACUGAAAACAAUCAAGAAUGAGUUACCAGCGCUGGGUUCAGUGAGUGAGGCGAACUGCUACUACGGGCUAGGGAAGGCUUUAAUGACCUACGAGAGCACGGUCUGCAGGAUGGAGGAACAAGUCAAAGCUGGAGAAAAGGAUUGGGAGAAGCUGUUGAGAGGGUUGGAGGAGUCUAGAGUAGAACUAGAGAGUGUUUGGAACUCUGUAAACCUCAUAAAUAUCGUCACUGAUAGUUUAGACAUGGAUAGGUUCACUUCGCUGAACAAACGCGCAGAGCGAGCCUUCCUAUCCCGGUAUGACUCCAGAGACAUUUACAACUUGAUCACGAGUGAGGAUGUGAAGAAUGUAGAGGGAGAAGAGAAGAUACUUCUUCAAAGGUACCAGUUAGAGUACAAGAAUCAAGGAUACGAGCUACCGGAGAAAAAGUAUCUUGAACUAAAUUCAAACUGGAUGAAAAGACUGUCCGAGGCACAGAGAGAUCACAGGUUUAAGAUAACAACAAGUACUCAGAGGUUUCGUCAUAUUAUCCGAGAUCCAACCAUUGUCAGAGAAUUCCCUGUUGAUCUGCUCAGAGCUAUGGCAGCUGACUCUAGCCAGCCUGCCCGUGGUCCCUGGUCCGUUACAUUGCAUCCUUAUGUUCAUCGGAAAUUCAUGGAAUAUUGCCCAGAAAGGAGAUUAAGAUAUAGAACCUAUGCUGACAUGUCUAUGGCAACUAAGAUGGCCGGAAAGGUUGAGAACGUGACCUCUAUGAUUGCGAGCAUGGCGCCACGAGCAAAGACUGCGCAAGAAAUUGAACUUGCCGCGCUGCAGGAGUAUGCAGAGACUCGAGGGUUCGAGGACAGUAUUAAGGAGUUCGACGUCGAGUUCUUUAAGAGAAAACAGAUCCGAACCCUGUUCAAUAUCGAGGAAGAGGCGAUGAGAGAGUUUUUCCCUCUCCCACACGUCCUAGAGACUAUCUUUAUUCUGCUCAAGGAGCAUUACAAUCUGGUCUUUACCCUGGUGAAACCACAGGGAGCUGAGAAACCCUGGUCUGAGGAGGUUUCUAUUUACAGGGUCACAGAUAAUCAAGGAAACUUCAAGGGCCACUGUUACCUGGACCCCUAUAUUAGGGAUGACAAAGGAUAUCAAGGAGGAGAUAGAGGAUGGUAUGUACCAUUAAGAACAAGCUCCGGUGUAGCUGGAAGUACCCCUGUUGGAUGUAUUGUGAUGGCUCUAGGUGCUCCUGGAUAUGGUAAACCUAGCCUUCUAUCCUUUAAUGAGGUUGAGGAAUUACUCAGACAAAUUGGAAAAUCUCUAGUCCAUUUAUCAGCAACCAAGAAAUGGGCCGAGACAUCUGGUCGGACUGGAGUAGAGUGGGACGCAUUAAACCUUGUCCCGGAGCUCAUGACUCAUUGGUUAUCCGUCCCAUCCUUCCUUACUAGUGUCUCUAAACACUGGUCCACAGGUGAGGAACUAAGUCCUGUUCAAGUUGAAAACCAGAUCCAGGCUAAGAAGCAUAUGUCAGGAUACGCUACUUCACAUGAACUUUUUAAGGCUGCGUUUGAUAUCAGUUUCUACUCCGAGGAUUUUGAAAAUGAACAAUAUCAGGCUCUGGUUGACCGACUAACCCCUCAGUACCUGGUGCUAGCCAGGGAGAGGGAGGAUUGUUUCCCACUUUACUUUGAGGAUAUCUUAACAGGAAACUUGGCUGCUGGAUAUUAUAGUCAUCUGUGGAGCCGAAUGUUGGCGGCGGACGUAUUCUCCGCCUAUUGGGAGUCAGGUUGGGAGGACAAGGAGGCAAUUAGUAAAGUUUCAAGGCGAAUAACUAGAACUCUUCUCUCCGCCGGAAGUUCCGCCCCAAUGGUUGAAAUAUUCCGUGAACUUCGCGGACGGGAUCCUAAUCCGGAAGCUUUGAUGAUUUCUUUAGGUUUGAGUGGAUCUAGGAAAUCUGCUAAUAAGAGUUGAAUCCAACCUUUUCUUUCUUUACUCCAGCAAAGGAGUCCUUGACCCAGCUCGCAGUGUACAUUUGUAAAGUGGUACACAACCAGACAGUGUAAUGUACGCUGUAGACCUCCAUACAGUCUAGAAAUCGGAUUAUUAUUAUUAUUGUAAUUAUCUACAUGUUUUGUAUAGAAGAUACAAAUGAAUUGUGGUUCUAUUGUUUAUAUAAACUAAAAACUGUUUGCAGAA